UUCAACAAAUCAACAAGCAACAACACCAUCAUCAUCAUUAUCAUCAACAACAUCAUCAUCAGCUAUAACGGCAUCUGUGACACCAAUGAAUAACAACAACAACAACAGUAGUGGUGGUGGUGGUGGUCAUAUAUCAACAAGAAAAAAACGUAAACCAUAUUCUAAAUUUCAGACAUUAGAAUUGGAAAAAGAAUUUCUAUUCAAUCAAUAUGUAUCGAAACAAAAACGUUGGGAAUUGGCACGUAAUCUGAAUCUAACUGAAAGACAAGUAAAAAUAUGGUUCCAGAAUCGUCGUAUGAAGAAUAAGAAAACCAUACAACGUAAUUCAGAACGUAACAGAAAUUGAACCGGACAGAAUUUUUAUCAUUUUUAAAAUAUAAUCAUCAUCAUCAUCACCAUUAUUAUUAUUUAUUUAUUCAAUUGAAUCAUCCACUUAGAUUUAUCCAGUCUUUUAUCCCUUUCCAUAUAAUCAUUUAUGUACGAUUAUUAGAUUGGAUAUUGUAUUCUGUAGAUGGAAAACCAUUUUGUAGAAUUGAAAUUCAAACACACAAGAAAUUAAUGAAUGAAUGAUGAUGAUGAUGAUGAUGAGCAUGAUUCCAUUUUAUUUCUUAUCUACUAUUGUAAAUACAUUUAUUGAUUGAUUGAUUAGAAUAAAUUCGCUCAUUAUUGGCGUU